AUGCAUUUCCCUGAUCUUUUUUUACCUGGUUUCUUGGAUGUGAUGGUCCUUUCUUGCAUACUGGCGUUCUUCUUGAAUUACAGCAUUUUUCUAAAUACAACACUCAAUUCAGCACUAACACAGACAAUUUGUGGCAAUCUCAAGGAUCUGUUCACUAUUGGAAUUGGUUGGGCAGUUUUUGGCGGACUCCCUUUCGACAUUUUUAACGUUCUUGGACAAUUCCUGCGUUUCUUCGGCUCUGGGUUGUAUGCUUACUUCAAGCUGAAAGGGAGGUAA